GCAGGUGGAUUCUUUACCACUGUGCCUUAGAACGCAAAUAGUAUACAACUCUCAUUUACCUGGCUUUGAUGAGAAUUGUGAUCUUUAUGUAAUUGUUCAUGAUUGACCAUUUAUUCCUUAACUCUAACAGUACUCAUCCGGGAACUCUGCCAUUUUUACACUGCUCUUACUAGCAUGGACGUGAAGCUCUUCAUAUCUUAAAAAAAAAAAAAACAUGUUCAAGUUUGAAAUAGAAAAGGGGAACUUCGUACUGGCAACUCUAAUGGUGGGAGUUGGAAGCAAACUGAAGGGGAAAGUCUGUGGAGGGGUGGGAGUGUAAUUUCAUGGUAUUUAGGACAUUGAAAAACCCUUGAGGUUCAUGUGCACCCACUUUCUAUAUUUCUUGUGAUAAUACUGCCUGCAUUUUUGUACACUGUACUCUGAUUAUUUUGUACACUGAUUAUUUACUUCUAAGUCAAUGGCAAGCCUAAUACUUAUAUAACAUAAAAGUUUUAAAUGGCAUUCUUUACAAAAGUUAUAAAUUAUGUAGAUAUUUUAGAGUCUAGGGUAGUCCUAACCGACUAAACUUCAGUGCUAUAAAGAAGGCUGAUUAAAUGAUUUUGGUUGUUUUCAGAAUGAACAAAAUCCUCAGCUCAAGAAGAUAUAAAGGAGGAUUACUUAGUUUUAAAAGCUUAAAAUACCCUCAAAGAUCACUAUAACUUUAAAAAAAUCUUUUAAGAUGUAUUCUUGGGUUGUGUCUUGUAUCACAAAACCAAUUUGGAAACUUGAUUUAAUGAGCUUAGUUGUCAAUAUUUGCCAAGUUAAUUGGAGAAUACUGGAUACUCCCUUUUUGUUCUGUGUAGACACAGCCUUUUGGACUGGAACAGCCUUUGUUAUCCCUAGGCCAAUGAACUGAAUUCUGAUGAAAUCAUGCUUUGACGUAGGAUGUGGACCAAUAGUAAACCUGCUUCAGGGUCUUGGAAGAUAUCUUAAAAGUUGCAGCCAAAAGAGGUGGGGACUGCAUCAAGCGGAGAGGAGAGAAGCUUCUGCUGCUAAAGAUCAUGAAUGGAUUUAUUUUUGCUUUUAUCAUGACUUAGUAUGAUAAGAUACCACAGCAAAACAUUGCUCAUAAAACUCUUCAGUGUGCUUAGUAAAAAGUCAGGAUUGACAUAUAUUUAAAAUCAUUCUACACCUUCUCAGAGUUUGAUCAUCGUUUAAAAUAUAUUGAAGAAGAUUAUUUGGGCUACAAAGAUGAAGAGUCUACUUCUUCUGGUGCUGAUUUCAAUCUGCUGGGCUGAUCAUCAUCCAGGCAACUAUACUGUAGAUCAUGACAGAGUUAUUCAUAUCCAAGCAGAAAAUGGCCCCCGUCUACUGGUGGAAGCAGAACAAGCCAAGGUGUUCUCACACAGAGGUGGCAAUGUUACACUGCCAUGUAAAUUUUACCGAGACCCUACAGCAUUUGGCUCAGGAACCCACAAAAUCCGGAUUAAGUGGACCAAGCUAACUUCAGAUUACCUCAAGGAAGUGGAUGUCUUUGUUUCCAUGGGAUACCACAAGAAAACAUAUGGAGGAUACCAUGGCAGAGUGUUUCUGAAAGGAGGCAGUGAUAAUGAUGCUUCUCUGGUGAUCACAGACCUUACUCUAGAGGAUUAUGGGAGAUACAAGUGUGAGGUGAUUGAAGGAUUAGAAGAUGACACUGCUGUGGUAGCAUUAGAUUUACAAGGUGUAGUAUUCCCUUAUUUUCCACGACUGGGGCGCUACAAUCUGAAUUUUCAUGAGGCACAGCAGGCUUGUCUGGACCAGGAUGCUGUGAUUGCCUCCUUUGAUCAGCUGUAUGAUGCCUGGCGGAGUGGGCUGGACUGGUGCAAUGCUGGCUGGCUCAGUGAUGGGUCUGUGCAAUAUCCCAUCACAAAACCCAGAGAACCCUGUGGAGGCCAGAACACAGUGCCUGGCGUCAGGAACUAUGGGUUUUGGGACAAAGAUAAAAGCAGAUACGAUGUCUUCUGUUUUACAUCCAAUUUCAAUGGCCGAUUUUACUACCUGAUCCACCCCACCAAGCUGACCUACGACGAAGCGGUGCAGGCUUGUCUCAAUGAUGGUGCUCAGAUUGCUAAAGUGGGCCAGAUAUUCGCUGCCUGGAAACUUCUGGGAUAUGACCGUUGCGAUGCAGGCUGGUUGGCGGACGGCAGUGUCCGCUACCCCAUCUCUAGGCCAAGAAGGCGCUGCAGUCCUAGCGAGGCUGCGGUGCGCUUUGUGGGUUUCCCAGAUAAAAAGCAUAAGCUGUAUGGUGUCUACUGCUUCAGAGCAUACAACUGAAUGUGCCCCUAAAGCACGGCAGUUUGAAAGUCAUUAAGAACAUGUGAAGUGAAAGGUUUUAUUUUUUUUUCCAAUAUGAACUCAUGCAAGUUACCAAAACUGUGAUAACCCUUUUUUACUUACUGUAAAGAGUCAUUUUCAUAAAGACCAAUUCAUUAAUUUGUUUUUGUAAAGCUAUUAUCAUUCAAUAUAUAUUAUAAAUUAAUAUAAUUUUAAGGGAAGCACUACAUAUGGAGGUUUUAGAGCCAAACUGUUUAGGCUACAUCAUCCCAAUGAAGUAUCCUUUCAUGAUCGGGGCAUGCAAUAGCUUGAGGAUUGCUAGGAUUAAACUAAGGAAAGUAAAGCUACUCAGAGCAGCAGCUGCCACAAGCACAAAUUUUACACGUUUGUACAGUUUUGAAAUGCACUACAAUAAACAGAUUAGAGCAACAGAUUUGAAAUAUAGGCUUCUUUACAUAAACUGAGGUUCUGAGAGGUUGCACAACACUUAGUUUCACAAGGGAACAAUCUACACUUUUCUAAAAUAUUUCAAAGCUCCGAUAGUCAGAAUAUUUUACUCUUUAAAAUCCUGCCUUUUUGACCAAAAAAAAAAAAAAAAAAUCAGAUGAACUCCAAUGUAUAACAAGCACAGUUAAAACCCCUUUAGACUCCCAUUUAUAUGAAGUAUGAAACUAAAAUAAGCAGAUCAUAUUUAACCAAUGAGAGAUUCCUACCUUCUUCUAAUUAAAAUUAUACAUGCCUGAGAAGAACUGUUUUCUUUUGAGUAGCUUUACUGAAAUAUAUUUAAAUUCUAAGGGCCGUUUGCUAAGCAGCAUUUAGCAUCUACUCAGGGCAGUUAUAUAGAUAAACUGCUGGACAGAAAAAUUGUAAAAUUUAGCAGCUUGAUUUUAUGUUAGCCUAUGAAUUGUUAUUGUCCUAUAAAAUUAACUUUAAAAUAUUUAAUACUUCCUUCUUAUUUACAUGACAUGACAAAAAUUUAAAUCAUAGAAGGAAUAAAUAACUAUACUUGCCUAACCAAGAUAUAAGAACCCAACUUUCAGAACUCUUAUUAUUCCUAUUUGUAUAAGACUAGAAAGUCCAACUGGUGCCUGUGUUUGGGUAAAAAAGUCAACAAAGUAGUUUUAACCUUUCUCCAUAUAGAAAAUGUGAACAGUGAUGGAUAUCACUUUCUUGCUGAUCAUCAUCAGGCUUAAAUGAAAUGCUGAAACUGUCAAAGAGUUUACACUAAAAUCUUCAGGGCUUUAUAUGAAAGGGUAAGACCAGCUCCAAAAAACAACUUUCCCCAUUAGCAGCUCCAAUCUUAAAUAAAGCUCGGUUUUCCUAUAUUUUUAUGAGUGUUGAAACCCCACAGGGACCAAUAUUUGUAUUCAAAUUACAUUUCAUGGUUUCCCAUUGUUUCACAAUGAGUUCUAAUAAAUUGGAUUUAGUAUAAUAAUCCAAGUAUGACAUAGCUGAUAUGCUUUCAUGAAUGUUUUUAUGUAGAUUUUCCUCCCAUGAACAUGAGUAAAUAAAUCUGUUUCCUGAAUUGAUUGUGGUUGCCUUCAAAGCUCUGUAAUAAUUCUAAUAAAUUUACUCUAUAGAUGUA